AUGGGGGAGGUCAUUUCUAAGAACCCUGAGAAACACGUGUCAUCGUCGCCAUCUUCUAGUGAAUCGGAGCGCGACGAGUUGCAACUGUUGGAGCACGCGCCACCUUUUUGGAGGAACCGAAAGAGGUUAUCCAAGCAACUUUCUAUGUGCGAGACUCCACGUGAUAUUGCAUGGGAGAAACAUCGUCGUCAAAUUCUCCUCCAGGAAAGGAGGAAACAAGGGAUUCACGACCCUGGCGACUUGACCGACGAGAACCUCAAUGAACUCAAAGGCUGCAUCGAACUAGGAUUUGGGUUCAACGAAGAGGAAGGUCAGAGGCUAUGUAGCACGUUGCCGGCGCUCGAUCUUUAUUUUGCGGUGAACCGCCAAUAUUCCACAAGCCCAAUCUCGAGCCACAGUAGCAAAAGUUUAUUACCCUCUCCCGCUGGAUCCAGCUCGUCGUCGACAUCUCUUGGAGGUAGGUCCUCCUCAUUUGGAAGCCUUAGGAGUGACUCCAUGACAAUUAAAAGUGUUUUAUUGAUAAUAUGCGCAGGAGAUGAUCCUCAACAAGUUAAGACAAAGCUGAGGCAUUGGGCACAUGCAGUGGCAUGUUCUGUAAUGCAGUCCCAUUGA